AUGGGUCGGCUCGACCGGAGUGAUACCACGGCCUCACAGAAGACCGGCGUGAAACAACCACAGCGUUGUGUUUCGCCGUUGCGUAUCGACCGCGCACAACAUGUUGGCGAACAAAACAUUAGCAUUCGGGCGACACAGGGGGAUUACGCCGGCAGCGGGGAGCGGGGAGCGAGCCUGCGCCCGGCCCCACCCAACACGCUCAGUGACCUGCGCGCCGCGCCGCUCGACGAACGCGUCACCGCCAACAAUAUGUCCGACUCCAUUAACGUUGUUUUCCCGCGAAAACUACUUAAGGAAUUCAUCUCGUUAUAUCAAAGGCAACCAUGCCUCUGGGACAAGCACUGCGCAUCCUACAAAAUGAAACACAAACGGCACGAAGCAAUAACAAAACUGACGCAACUCGUUCAGUUGUACGAUCCGAGCGCGACGCGAGUGCAUGUACUGAGAAAAAUUGAGAGUUUACGAGCCUGCGUCAGGAGAGAAUUUAAGAGAGUGCAAAACAGUAAGAAGACUGCGGAAAACGAAUCAGAUAUUUACACUCCACAUCUGUGGUAUUACGAUUUGUUCUCGUUCAUGUUUCAAGCAGAAGAACCGAGUCAGGAAUUUGAAAAAACAAAAGAAGUCGCUGCGUCUCCGCAGUCAACAAGUGUGGAUUCUGAGCCCGAAGAGCCAGAAAGCAUAGCUGACGAAGACACUUCCUUCAUCAGUCCAAUGGAAGAUAACUACACAGCCUUCAGUAUCUCGAGUGUGGCAGGAGAAGCACAAGAAGCUGCUCACAGUUCCAAGAGGUUUACUGAAGAUGACAAGAACAAACGACACUGUACCGAAGUUGAUGAUGAAUAUGAUGCCAUCGGUGUAAACGUGGCUGCAAAACUACGCAACCUUCCCGGGAAUAUGAGGAUACUGGCAGAGAAGUUAAUAAAUGAUGUGCUGUACCAAGCUCAAACAAACGGACUGACAAAUGCCACGUUUAUAAGCACACCCGAUCCUUUUAAAGUGUAAUUGUG